AUGAUCACGUUUUUCACCAGCGUCCCCAGCUGGAUUCAAGAUGCAAAUCAGGAGGAGGAAGUGGGCUGGAAACUAGUUCCCAGGCCUCAGGGCCGGGAGGCGGAGAGUCAAGUGAAGUGCCAAUGUGAAAUUUCGGGGAAACCUUUCUCAAAUGGGGAGAAGAUGAGGCCUCACCUCCCGCAACCAGAGCAGAGACCAUAUAGCUGCCAUCAGCUGCACUGUGGCAAGUCUUUUGCUUCCAAAUACAAGCUGUAUAGGCACAUGGCCGCCCACUCAGCCCAGAAACCCCACCAGUGUAUGUACUGUGAUAAGGUGUUUCACCGCAAGGAUCAUCUGCGGAACCAUCUGCAGACCCAUGACCCUAACAAACAGGCCCUCCGCUGCCCUGAGUGCGGUAAGAAUUACAAAACGAAGCUGGUCCACCGGCGCCACCUGGCCAUGCAUGCUGCCAGCAGCAGUGACCUCAGCUGCAAGGUGUGCCUGCAGACCUUUGAGAGCACCCAGGCCCUGCUAGAGCACCUGAAGGGCCACUCACGCCGGGUAGCAGGCGGUGCCAAGAAGAAGAAGCACCCCUGUGACCACUACGACCGGCGGUUCUAUACUCGUAAGGAUGUAGGGCGGCACCUAGUGGUGCACACAGGCCGUAAGGACUUCCUGUGUCAGUACUGUGCCCAGCGUUUUGGCCGUAAGGACCACCUGACGCGUCACGUCAAGAAGAGCCACUUGCAGGAGCAGCUCGAGAUCAAGACAGAGCCCGUGGACGUGUUAGGCCUACUCAGCUGCAGCUCCACAGUCAGUGUGAAGGAAGAGCUGAGCCCUGUGUUGUGCCUGGCCUCUCGGGACAUAAUGGGAACCAAGGCCUUCCCUGGCAUGUUGCCCAUGGGCAUGUAUGGUGCCCACAUCCCUACCAUGCCCAGCACGGGCGUGCCACACUCCCUGAUACACAACACGCUGCCCAUCGGUAUGAGCUGCCCUCUGGAAUCCUCACCUAUCUCUUCCCCAGCUCAGCUCCCUCCAAAAUACCAGCUUGGAUCUACCUCAUACUUUCCCGACAAAUUGCCCAAAGUGGAGGUGGAUAGUUUUCUGGCGGAGCUUCCUGGAAGCCUGUCUCUCUCAUCCGCUGAACCCCAGCCCACCUCACCUCAGCCAGCGGCAGCUGCGGCCCUCCUAGAUGAAGCACUGUUUGCCAAGAGCCCCGCCAACCUCUCUGAGGCCCUCUGCGCUGUUAACGUGGACUUCUCCCACCUACUGGGCUUUCUUCCACUCAACCUGCCCCCCUGUAACCCACCUGGGGCCACAGGAGGCCUGGUCAUGGGCUACUCCCAGGCAGAGGCACAGCCCCUGCUCACCACUUUGCAAGCUCAGCCUCAAGAUUCCCCAGGAGCUGGGCGACCACUGAACUUUGGUCCUCUGCACUCCUUGCCUCCUGUCUUCACAUCUGGCCUGAGUAGCACCACCCUGCCUCGUUUCCACCAAGCAUUCCAGUUGCCCCCACAGAGGCCCUCAGCUCAGUUUUUGGCUCUGUUAGGGAGCCUUAGUACCCACCCCGUCCGCGUCCCCCAUGAAGGCUUCUCUGCUCUCCAUCACAUCACUUCCACUUUCUUGUGCCCCCGCCCCUGCCUCCAGUUUUCCCCUAGUAUCCAGCAAGGUUUCUUGCAACAAAUGAUUAGUUCUUCUCUUCUGACUUGUGGGGCUCCCUGCCGCAGAGAGCACAGCCCUUGCCCAGAGCCCAGGAACCCCAUCCUUGCUUCAUCUCAGUUCUUCAUGGGCUUCACUCUUCCCACUCAUGGAAGGGAGGCAGCUCAGGGACCUCCAUUGUGGGACCCUUGA